GCCGCGGGCUCGGCGCCUCCCGGCUGCCGCUGUGCGCGGCGGCCCCAGCCGCCACCCGAGGGUCCUGCGGCGGCCACCCGGAGAGUGAUGGGUCCUGCUGGAAAGAGCUUUCUGAGGGCACAGCUGUGAGUGAAACCAUCACAACAUGUUCAGUGUCGAGGACCUCCUGAUUUCUCAUGGAUACAAAUUGUCAAAAAAUCCCCCUGUUUCAUAUGAGAACAGGUAUGAUGGAUACCGACAUGAAAUCACAGGCAACAGAUCUGCUCAGAGAACGCUGAACGGGUUGGAGGCAGAAUCGAGAGCUGGGGCUUACAGCAAGAAACCUCUGGUGAAAACCAACUCAAGCAGCACUGAAAGCAGCCAUGGGAGCCAAGGGAGGCAAGCGGGUCCUGGUUACCACCAUGACCUUCAGGGUUUGUCCACUUUUCAUACUUCAGAAGGGGGGGUUUAUGACAGGCCUCAAUUAGCAUGGUCUUCCCAGCCCAAGACUGAUAAAGAUCUUGCCUACUGGAGGAGACGAGGACAGGACUUCAGUGUGCUCCUGGGCUAUUCCCAGAAAGCUGGUGUGGAAAUGAAAGGCCUGGCCACAGCCCCGGGGGUACCCCGGCACCCCAAGGAGGGUCAGCUGAAGGUGGGGACGGGUACAGGGUACGUUAGAAGAAGUGGCUUGCAGGAGAGCUGCGAAGCGCCUGGUGACUGCAAAUGGCAAAGUCUGGGAAUGGAAAUCUGGAACCAGCCAAAAAAGGUAGGGAGGCAAAUGUCCGAGGGUGACAGGGAGAAGCUGCUUCAAGAGCUGUAUUCACUGACACUGGGAGACAAUGUACUGAGCACCCACAACAAGGGGAAAUCACAGUCGUUGCCGAGGGUCCUUUCACCCGAGAGCAUGAGAUGCGUGGAAAUGCCGUCCCUGACCAACAGUAACAACUCGCUCAGCGUAACUAAAACCCCCUCCUAUCCCCCAAACAGACUGAGUGUGGAACCAGCCAAGCACCACGAAACAGGAGGUCAUUUCCUUCCCCUGGUGAAACCCAAGUAUGGGAGACCUCUCAAGCCUCCGUCCUACGAACUGCAGCGGCAGACUAGGGCACCUGUGGAAACCACGGGUUUCCAGAACCACUACCAGAAAGACGAAGCCAUCUCCUACUUAGCCAAAGUUAAUGAGCCAAGGCAAGAUGCUUGCAUUCAAGACUCUGGUUUGGAGCCCCCGGUCUACAUACCUCCUCCUUCUUACAAAUCUCCACCUCACCAUAACGUGACCCCACAUCCCCCCAGUGAAGUGCCUAAUGCCGACACAUACGCCAGCAGCGAUAAGCAGGGUCCUGCAGAGCGGGUUGUUCCCUGCCAACAACCAGCCACGAAUACUUUUGAAGCGGGGGGUAACCCUUGCAAAGACAACCACCUUCCUCAUGGGAAGCAAAGCCAUGCAAGGCGCCCUGUUGAUUACCUGCGUUCUGUUCAGUAUAUUCCCUUUGAUGAUCCUCGGAUACGACAUAUUAAAAUUGCACCACCAGAAGGUCUGCAGGACAAUGCUAAAUACACUGAAAAUGCAUGUAGUCCCUGUUCUGGUGCUUUGCAAGAGAGAGAUCUUGAAGUUCAGUACAACAGUGCCUUUUUGGAUGCAUCAAACUUAUCCAAUCCUGCAAAGGGAGAAAGAACUUCUGAUAGCUCCACCCAUAGCAACAGAUGGUUGGCACCAUCCAUCCGCAGUCAGGAAAAUUGUGCCUUGCCAGACCAAAGAGACAGUUGUAGCACAGCUAAUCACAAUCCCCGUAACGAAGCCAGCACAGAGUACACAAAAGGCAAAUUUUCUGUAAGAAAUUCACAUAUGGACAGCACCUGUGAGACUGUUACAAAAGUGAAAAAGUUUGAACCUGGAACUGGGAUGCAGAGCAAAAAGAGUUCAAAGAAAAAAAUGAAUGAAACUAUAUUUUGUUUGGUCUCUAUCCCAGUUAAAUCAGAAUCCAAUCUGCCAGAUACAGAUAGGAACAACAACAUAACCCAGAGCCCUGAUAAGAAUGGGUUUGAUAACAAUGGGGCUUUGCAAGAACAAAGUCUCUUAAGUAUGUCUUCAACAGACUUGGAGUUACAAGCGCUUACAGGAAGCAUGACCAAUAAAAAUGAGUUACAAAAACAAGAGCUGUGGAGACCAGAAGAGUUCAAACAAAUGAAUGACCUCAGAUUUAUUCAGCCUACAAAACACAGAGAGCUCAAAUACUCUGGCUCCUGGCCAGGUGAUCAGUACAAAGACCAGCAGACACAGACUAGUUUCACCGAAGAACCCAAAAGCCCACAGUUUUUCCAUGGUACAAAGCCUGGGCAGCUCAAUAGUAACAAACUUCUGUCUCCAAAGCUCCUAGGAUGUACAGCAUCUACAGUAGGGUCAAAACAGACAGGGUUACCUUCUGAUGAGAGAAGCUGCAGACAGAGUGCUUAUGGCAUGAAGGGUCAGAUGUACCUCAGCCAUUCUAGCAACAGUGCGUUUUCCAGGACUGCUACCUCGGUCCUUCAGGCCCCCUCCCCAAAAGCCCACCAGAGCCAGCCCGUGCCUGCCCAGGAGAGGGACACUGGCCUUCUUUCCAAGGGAGAUGUAGUUAAGGGAGAAGCAGGUGCUCCCUGCAACAGUAGAGAGCUGUUUGGGCAGUUCCUGUUGAAGCCUGUAAGUCGCCGUCCCUGGGAUGCAAUAAGUGAGCUAGAAAGUUUUAACAAGGAGCUGCAAGGGCAGGAGGAGAGCACAAGCAGUGAAGAAGAUUUGGAAAAUACUGCGGCUUCUCCGCAGUCAGGUGCCCUUACACAGAGGAGGGCGUCCAGAAAUGAGAAGUCAAGCCAGGAGCCAAAACACAGUGGGAAAUUGGAAACGGUCGUGCCAGAGGUGCCUGUAUUUAAGUCAGGAAGAAUUAAAAGUAAGUCUGAAAGUUGGAGCAUGGAGAUGGAGCAUGGUGGCGAGCUGGGCUGUGUUGGCCCUCAAGGCUCCUUCCAGCCAGGAGGGAGCAGUGAAGGAGUCAGGCCAGCAGAUGGAAGUCUGAUAACAGAAAUGAGGACAGGGGAAGCCAAAAACAGAACAAGCAAGCAGCCAGUUCAUGUGGGCCCUCUCAAGAGAGUUUUGUCCAGUAGCCCAAACAGUUCAUGUCACAGUAAUCCUUUCAAUAACCCUGUCUUGCAGGAAAUGAGUGAAGACCAAAAUUACCUGGACUUCGUUAAACUGAGCAAAGGUGCAACUCCCACAAAUGAUACAGUAUUAGAGAGAGGCUCGGUAGUACGCUUGUCACUAACGAAGAGGAACCAAGGGCUCUCUGAGCCAGAUUUGAGGUCAGUGGGACUUGAUGUAGCCCCAGGACCUGGUGCUAACAAUUCUGAUCACUCUUCAAAUGCAAAUGCAGUGGAAAUCCCAGUGAAUGAGUCAUUGCAGGCAAGAGCUGCAAGAAUUUUAGGUAUAGAUAUAGCAGUGGAGUCACUCCUUCCGGAUGACCGUGUUGGGCCCCACUCAGGCACUAGCCCUGCAAAGGGUGCCCAGGACUUUGAGUCAUCUGUGGUGAGCACGGUAAGUGACAAAGAAGGAAAAAAAGAGAGUUCUUACGAAGGCAGACGAAAGUGUGGCUGGACAGAGAGCGCUCUCUUUGUCAGAGUGGGAGGCCGAUCUUUAUACCCUGAUGAAUGCCAGACCGCUCACCAGGAAGCCAAUACUAAAACACUGGUAACUGAGCAAGUUCUUGAACAACCUGCAAGUCCCAGCCAAGGUGAGGACCAAAACUUGGUUUGCAAGACAGCUGUGUAUCAGCAUUCAGAAAAGAGAGUGAGAAGCACCUCAAAAGUGAUAGAGACACUCCAAGGCAAGCUCACUUCUCCACCUAGCCGGACUGCCAUGGAUCGCUUAGUGCGAAUGAAAGAAGUUGACUCCGUGUCCCGGAUGAGACGUCUGAGCAUUAAGAGCGCAGACUCAGGAGAGGAGGUAGAUGAGGAGAAGCUGUCAAGGGUACAAGAGGAGAGAGGAAGCAAACUGGCAAGCUCAGGGGCUGUUUCCAAGCGUGUUAUCUCUCUCAGUGAAAAUGGAUAUUUAGGUGGAAUGGACAAGAAGAAGAUGGACAGAGAUUUUUCUUUAGAUAUGUAUGACCCCACCAAAGUUGAAAAGGUGUAAGAUGAAUGAAGAGGAGAAUAGAGAUCUCUGCUCUACUAAGAAUGUUUCAGUGAUAUUUUUCUGGGUGCUUUUUGUUUGUUUUUUGUUGUUUGAUGCUUGGAAAUUGCCUCUAUUUGUGGUGUACAUGGUGUGCUGAUAAUGCCUUUACCACUGCCACUGGGAAUUAGUUAUUCGCAUCUGAAACUGUUGCGGAGACCACAGAAAAAUCUGACUUCUACAUUGGAACCAUCUGGCUUGUAGCGUUAAGACUUAAUACCUACUGUUGGCAAAGAGUUUUUAUCUGAACUCUAUUUCAGUCUUCAGCGGGGAUGGUGAAAUGCAUGAAGUGAGGCUUUUGAGCUUUCUCUUUGGUGUAAAUGUAAACGUGGGAGAUUAGUGAAAUGAUUUUUAAAAGAAUGUGAAUUUAUAAGCUUAACUUCUAAGUAUCUACAGUCUAACUUUGUUUAACUUACGGGAUUUUUGGCCAUAAGUAGAAAGUGCUGCUGCACUAUGUGGGGGAUGGAAUGUGACAGAAUGGUAGUGAAGACUGAUUGUGAAAUUGUUUCUGACUUCCAGAGUUUGAAUUUACUUGGAUUAAAUACUUACUUGCCACCUAGAGAGAAGAAAAGCAAAACCCCCAAAGCUUCUAAAAGAUGGAAGACUUCUGUAGUACACUGUACAGAACAUGUAAUUAUAGUAGCUGGCAACUAGUGUUUCAAACCAAUGCAAAGUAUACCACUGGCUGUUUUGCACUCAGUAUUAACUAUUUUUGUUUUGCUGUUUAGAAAUUCUUUAUAUGAAAGAAUAGUAGCUGGUUUAAAAUAGCCCAUUUUAACAAAGUAACUAUAUUUCUUGUUACAGAAUACUAUCUAUUUUUCUACGAUGUAAACAAUUGCUAACAAGUGGCAAGUAUAAAGAAGUAUUAUUAUUAUUAUAUUUUAAGAAGACUUAUCCCUCUGAGUGAAGGUGCCCCAAGGAGAUUUCACUUGUAUAUCUUAAUGCACACUCCAUAUUGCCACAUACUCAGUAGUGCGACCUUAUUUUGUUCUGAAAAGAGCCAUCUAUGUAUGUAUGUAUGUAUGUAUGUAUGUACUACAGGGUUAAUUUCUAUUUUUCCCCACUCAACCCUUGGAUCGUUCUUGGAGCCACUUUCUGAAACACAGCUGAGAACUGUCCAGGCUGGUGUUGCUGCCAUUACAUUCCAGUGACAGUGAUUACCAAAAAGGGGGUUUGGAUCUUUGUCCCGGUGUCUCUGAGCAGCUCAGAAAAAUACCUGGUUUCUUUCUUUUACUUUGUUCCCUUUUAUAGAUUAUGAGUAUGGAUUAGGCCAGUGUAUAAAAAUAAACAAAACUAGGUUUAAUUCUUCCCUGAAGUCAACUGAUGUUUCUGGGGAGGAGUGCAGAUGUCUUCUUGAUGGCAUUUAAAUACAUGGCUUUAAGUAUAUUUUAUCUGCACACACAAAUGCAUGAAUUACAGAGUUUAUAAUAAAGCCUAUGCAUUCUGCUCUUUGAAACGGAAUUAGCCUGCAUCGUAUCUGUGUCUUUAAAGCCUUUAUGUCCACUCCUGUGUGUUUUUUUGUAAGUCCCUGUGUACUAACAUUCUUCUGAUGACUUGUUCAUGUACUUCACUGGUCUAUUCUACUGGACUUUUCUGGUUUUUAGCAUAAUUUUAUUUUUUAAAAUCUUCUAAUUCAUUUAAAUAUUUUUCCUAAGUCUGUAAUUUGGAAAAAAUGACAGGGAAAAACAUUCAUCCUGUGUUUUGGCAGCAAGAAUUUCUUGUCUGCAACACAUGAUUCUGUUACGUAUGGACUAUUUAAAGCUUGUUUGAAAAGAAAA